AAGGAUUUAAAAUAGUAUGUGUACAUACAUAUUGCAAAAUCCGUGGUCCCCUAUCAUUAUAAAUCACCAUGAACCAAAAUAGCGUUUAUGAUGACAUCUAUAAUAUGAACAACCCUUCAAAGUACUCUGUUUAUUAGAGAGAGAAAGCUAACACAAGUUUUGAUCUCCGGGAAGAUGGAUGAAUCAAGUAUUAUUCCGGCAGAGAAAGUCAUCGGAGCUGAAAGAAGGGAGCUUCAAGGGCUGCUUAAGGCGGCGGUACAAUCUGUGGAGUGGACUUAUAGUAUUUUCUGGCAAUUAUGUCCUCAACAAAGGGUAUUGGUCUGGGAGAAUGGAUACUACAAUGGUGCAAUAAAGACGAGAAAGACAACUCAGCCGGCGGAAGUGACGGCAGAAGAGGCUGCUCUUGAGAGAAGCCAACAGCUCAGGGAGCUUUACGAGACACUUUUGGCCGGAGAGUCAUCGUCAGAAACGAGAGCAUGCACCGCGUUGUCACCGGAGGAUUUGACGGAGACUGAAUGGUUUUAUCUAAUGUGUGUUUCUUUCUCUUUCCCUCCUCCUUCCGGGAUGCCAGGAAAGGCUUAUGCGAGGAGGAAGCACGUUUGGCUAAGUGGUGCAAACGAGGUUGACAGUAAAAUCUUUUCUAGGGCAAUUCUCGCAAAGAGUGCCAAAAUUCAGACAGUGGUUUGCAUUCCGAUGCUUGAUGGUGUUGUGGAACUAGGCACAACAAACAAGGUAAAAGAAGAUGUAGAGUUUGUUGAGCACAUAAAGAGCUUCUUCCAUAACCACCCCAAGUCAAAUCCAAAGCCUGCUCUUUCUGAACACUCCAUCAACGUAGAUCAGCAUGAAGAAGACGAAGAAGAGGAAGAAGAAGUAGAAGAAGAAAUGACAAUGUCAGAGGAGAUAAGGAUUGGCUCUCCUGAUGAUGAUGACGUCUCGAAUCAAAAUCUACUCUCUGAUUUCCAUAUAGAAUCAACUCACACUUUAGACACACACAUGGACAUGAUGAAUCUAAUGGAGGAGGGUGGAAACUAUUCUCAGACAGUAUCAACACUUCUCAUGUCACAACCCACGAGUCUUCUUUCAGAUUCAGUUUCCACAUCUUCUUACGUCCAAUCAUCGUUUCACACGUGGAGGGUUGAGAAUGUCAAAGAGCAUCAGCAGGUGGAGAAAGCGUCGUCGUCGCAAUGGAUGCUCAAACAUAUAAUCUUGAGAGUACCUUUCCUCCACGACAACAAUAAAGAUAAGAGGCUACCGCGGGAAGAGCUUAACCACGUGGUGGCAGAGCGACGCAGGAGGGAGAAGCUGAACGAGAGAUUCAUAACUUUGAGAUCAUUGGUUCCAUUCGUGACCAAGAUGGAUAAAGCCUCAAUCCUUGGAGACACCAUUGAAUACGUAAACCAUCUUCGAAAGAGGGUCCAUGAGUUGGAGACUAUUCAUCACGGGCAAGAACAUAAGAGGUUGCGUACUUGCAAGAGAAAGACAUCAGAAGAGGUGGAAGUUUCCAUAAUAGAGAGCGAUGCUUUGUUAGAAAUGAGAUGCGAGUACCGAGAUGGUUUACUGCUCGACAUCCUUCAGGCUCUAAAGGAACUUGGUAUAGAGACUACAGGGGUUCAAACCGCGGUUAAUGAACAUGAUUUCGAGGCAGAGAUAAGGGCGAAAGUGAGAGGAAAGAAACCAAGCAUCGCUGAGGUCAAAAGAGCCGUCCAUCAAAUUAUAUCCAAUACUAAACUAUAGUCUUUAUAUAGAUUCUAACUUUAUUGGUUUUAUAUCCAAAUCUACAAAAGGACAUCUGAACUUAGUUUUUAUUUAGCCUCGUCUAUGUUACAUGAUCAGUUUACAUAUACACAACAUUGUCUAUAUUACUAUACAUGCAUUAUGCAUAUCAGAUUUAAUAUGGUGGAAAUAUUU